AUGGCAAUGCUCCUGGAGCCUGGGAUGCAGAGUCUGCGGAUGGGUGCCAACAGCGAGCGGUGCCCCACGCCGUCCCCUCCCGGCUCCCCAGGGACGCCCCACGACAGUUGCAGCAUCGCCCCGCUGACGCCCUCCCAGUCGCCGAGGAGCGAGGCUCGGUCCCAGCAAACCGCCUCCUUCGCUGUGGUGGUGGCCAUCGACUUUGGCACCACAUCCAGUGGCUACGCCUUCAGCUUCUCCAGCGACCCCGAGGCCAUACACAUGAUGAGGAAAUGGGAAGGAGGGGACCCGGGGGUGGCCAACCAGAAGACCCCCACCAGCCUCCUGCUGACACCGGAGGGCAUCUUCCACAGCUUUGGCUACACUGCCAGGGACUACUACCACGACCUGGACCCUGAGGAAGCCCGCGACUGGCUGUACUUUGAGAAAUUUAAGAUGAAGAUUCACAGCACCAGCGACCUCACCAUGAAAACUGAACUAGAAGCUGUCAAUGGGAAGAAAAUGCAAGCACUGGAGGUGUUUGCCCACGCACUCCGCUUCUUCAAGCAGCACGCCGUGCAGGAGCUGAAGGACCAGUGCCCGUCCCUGCCCGAGAGAGAUGCCAUCCGCUGGGUGAUCACCGUGCCCGCCAUCUGGAAGCAGCCGGCCAAGCAGUUCAUGCGAGAGGCUGCCUACAAGGCCGGUCUGGUGUCCCCAGAGAAUCCGGAGCAGCUGCUGAUCGCGCUGGAGCCCGAAGCUGCUUCCAUUUAUUGCAGGAAACUUCGCCUCCACCAGCUGAUCGACCUGAGCUGCAAACCCCCGGCCAACGGGCUGGCGCCGGACCACUCCAUCGACUCCAGUUUUCGGCAGGCCCGAGAGCAGCUCCGGCGUUCCCGGCAUAGCCGUACCUUCCUGGUGGAGUCGGGAGUCGGGGAGCUCUGGUCGGAAAUGCAGGCAGGUGACCGCUACAUCGUGGCGGACUGUGGUGGCGGGACGGUGGACCUCACCGUGCACCAGAUCGAGAAGCUGCAGGGGACGCUGAAGGAGCUGUACAAAGCCUCAGGGGGUCCCUACGGGGCCGUGGGGGUAGACCUGGCCUUCGAGAAGCUGCUGUGCCACAUUUUCGGGGAGGAUUUCAUCGCCACCUUCAAGGCCAAGCGUCCUGCCGCCUGGGUGGACCUGACCAUUGCCUUCGAGGCCCGCAAGCGGGCGGCAGCCCCCUCCCGCGCCAGCCCCCUCAACAUCUCCCUGCCCUUCUCCUUCAUCGACUUCUACCGCAAGCACCGGGGCCAGAAUGUGGAGACGGCGCUCAAAAAGAGCAACGUCAACUUUGUGAAGUGGUCGUCCCAAGGGAUGCUGCGGAUGUCCUCGGAGGCCAUGAGUGAGCUCUUCCAGCCCACCAUCAGCCAGAUCAUCAAACACAUCGAUGACCUCCUGAAGAAGCCAGAGGUCCAAGGCAUCAAGUUCCUCUUCCUGGUGGGGGGCUUCGCGGAGUCGGCCAUGCUGCAGCACGCCGUCCAGGCAGCCUUCGGCCCCACCUGCCGCGUCAUCAUCCCCCAAGAUGUGGGGCUGACCAUCCUCAAAGGGGCUGUGCUCUUCGGCCUCGACCCCACCAUCGUCCGUGUCCGCCGCUCCCCCCUGACCUAUGGUGUGGGGGUGCUCAACAAAUUCGUGGAGGGGAAGCACCCGCGGGAGAAGCUGUUGGUGAAGGAGGGCAAGAACUGGUGCACCGACAUCUUUGAGAAGUUCGUCUCCGUCGACCAGUCCGUGGCACUGGGGGAAGUGGUCCAGCGCAGCUACUGCCCGGCCCGGCCGGGCCAGCGCAAGACCAUCAUCAACAUCUACUGCUGUGCCACGGACGACGUGGUCUACAUCACCGACCCUGGCGUGCGUAAGUGCGGCACCAUCAGCCUGGAGCUGGAGGCACUGGGUGAUGCCGGCAGCCCGGCCCGCGGCCGACGCGAGAUCCGUGCCAGCAUGCAGUUCGGAGACACGGAGAUCAAGGUCACCGCCAUGGACAUCCGCACCUCCAAGACAGUCCGAGCCACCAUUGAUUUCCUCUCCAACUGA